AACAGCAAAGAAACCAGAGCAAGAUUGCUGUUUGGAACUGAACAGACCACAAGAAAUAUCUGCCAAAGUUACUUCUUAAAGGGUUCAGAUGCAAAGGAAAGAUGAGCCGAGUGGCCGUGGUGACUGGAUCUAACAAGGGAAUUGGGUUUGAGAUCGUUCGAGGACUGUGUAAGCAGCUCGAUGGGAUUGUUUACCUAACAGCUCGAAAUGAGAAACUCGGACAGGAGGCUGUCCAAAAGCUGAAGUCUGAGGGCCUGAACCCCAGCUUCCACCAGCUGGACAUCACAAAUGAGCAGAGUAUCCAGGCACUGAAGCAGCAUCUGCAGGACAAGCACGGGGGCCUGGACGUGCUGGUGAACAAUGCAGGGUUUGCUUACGAUGGGGCCGCUACUGCCCCGUUUGGAACCCAGGCAGAGGACACUGUGGGCGUCAACUUCUUCGGAACCCUGGCUGUCAGCAAAGCUCUGCUGCCAAUCAUCAGGCCCCAUGGAAGGGUAGUGAAUGUGUCCAGUCAAAGCAGUCAGAUGUCUCUGAAAAAGUGCAGUGCUGAACUGCAGGCCCGCUUCAGGGACAGGAGCAUUCAGGAGGAAGAGCUGGUGAUGACAUUGAACAAAUUCAUCGAGAUGGCUAAGGCAGGGAAGCAUGAGGAGAAUGGUUUUGCAGACUGGGCGUAUGGCAUGUCUAAGAUCGGAGUGACAGUCCUGACGUUUAUCCAGGCUCGGGAGAUGGAGAAGGACUCCAGAGAGGACAUCCUGGUCAACUGUAUGUGUCCAGGUUGGUGCAAGAGUGACACGACAGGGUGGGAGAGACCCCCCAGGAGUGCUGCUGAGGGUGCAGACACAGCUUUGUUCCUGGCCCUCCUCCCAGCGCCCAACACUAAGGACUCACAGGGACUGUUCUUCUAUGACCGCAAACCUAUGGCAUUCUGAGGGAAAAGGAAAGACCAUUGCACCACAUUGUAGCUGAACCUAUGUUUCCCUACUUUGUUUCACCUAAGGAACACAAAGUCAUAUUCCUAAUGAAUUGAGACAAACAUUUGAUUGUAUAACAUAUCCGUUCCUACAUUUUCAGCAUCACAAAAAAAGGAAGAAGAAGUCAAAUUCGCUUGGUAAAAUAUGAUUCUUGUGUUGGUUGACAUUCAAUUGAUUUUAAUUGUAUUGUAUUUAUUGUAUUAUUAUUAUGAUGAUGAUGAUGUAUUAUUAUUGUAUUAUUGUACUAUGUAUGUGCCUUAAUGUGUAUGCUGUACAACAUCAGCAUCUUGCUGCCUGGUGCAGCAUAAUGUAUUGUCAUGUUGCAAUUCAAAUAAAGUCAAAAUCAAAGACAUUCAAUGUAUAUAUUUCA